GGCUCGCGGGAGGUCGGCAACAUGGCGGGGCGGCCCGCGGCCGCCGGCACCUCGCCGCCGGACCGGGACCGAGCAGCGCCCAACGUGGUGGCGUGGAUCUCGCAAUGGGCAGACGACCACCUGCGUCUCGUCCGGAACAUCAGCACCGUAAUGGCCAUAGCUGGAGUAAUGUUACUUCUAAGAAGUGUUCGACUGACAUCAAAAUUCACAAGCUCUUCAGAUAUUCCAGUAGAAUUUAUAAGAAGGAAUGUUAAACUACGAGGACGACUGCGCCGAAUAACCGAGAAUGGUUUAGAGGUUGAACAUAUUCCCAUUACUUUACCUAUUAUAUCUUCAUGGAGAAAAGAGCCAUGUGGUGCUUUGCUGGUUAAGUUGGCUGGAGUAGAACUCACUGAAACUGGGAAGGUGUGGUUACAAAAAGAGCUAAAACCUUCCCAAGUAGUAUGGUUCCAACUUCUUGGAAAGGAGAAUUCAGCACUCUUUUGCUACCUUUUAGUGAAUAAGGGUAGAUAUUUUAGUGUGAGUCUGAAUGAAGAAAUUUUGAGAAGAGGCCUUGGCAAAACUGUUCUCGUUAAAGGGCUAAAUUAUGAUUCUAAAAUCUAUUGGAGAAUUCACAGAAACUUACUUAAAGCUGAAUUAAUAGCCUUAAAAAAAGGAGAAGGAAUAUGGAAGGAAGAAUCUGAAAAAGAAAGUUAUUUGGAAAAAUUCAAAGGCUCCUGGAGAGAAAUAUGGAAAAAAGACAGUUAUUUUAAAAAAAUUGGAUCAGAUUUCAACUUGAAAAAAGAAAGUUAUUAUGACAAAUUUAGAGGGACUUAUGAAACAUGGAAAGAAAACAUGAAUAACUACUCCUUAAUACUGAAGUUCAGAGAACUUCUGAGUCGCAUACACUUUCGUAGAAAAGGAUGAAAUAUUCCAAGAGAUCUGGAGGUGAGCUACUCCAAAAAGAAUAAAAUAUAAUGGAUAAAUAUAAUGGAUAUUUUUCAUUGAGUUGAAAUGGGAAAUUUCCCCAAAUGAUCAAAGUUGCAUUCUAAUGUAUUUAAAUAUUUAAGAGAUGAUUCUUAUAAAUGUAAUAUCAGAAUAAUUUAAAUUAAUUGUGAUUAAUGUAAUAUCUUUUUAGGAAAAAUGAAACGCUCUAUAAAAAGUUAUCAGGUUGAGUGCGAUAUACAUGUAGUGAUAAUAUAUGAAGAGAGAGUUUAACUAUUGGCCAUUGUAUUAUUUUAGUCAUUUUGGGCAGCCAUAUUUAACUUUUGUUUAAAGAGAGUAUUUGUUUACUUUUGAUUACUUAUAAUAAAGGGACUCUUUAUGCAUAA